GGCGUGUCUGGCGGACAGCUCAAGUGGGACUUGGGGCCGGCUGAGCCUUGCAAGGAACCCCAGCUCGGGUUCUCGCCAAGAUGGCGAUAGAGGGGAGGGAGAGGCAACGGCAGCGGCCCCGGCCCCGGCCCCGACUCCGGCCCCCGAGGCCGCGCCCCCGGCGCUGCGGCUCCCCGGGCCAGUGACACCGUGCGCCCCUUCCCCGGCAGGCAGCGGCCGCGGCGCCCCGGGCUCCCUCCCAUGGCGCGGGGAGACGCCCGCCGCAGUCUCUGGGUGCUCUCGCUGACCUUCUGCGCGCUGUCCGUGCACGGAAAGCAGCUGUUGUCACAGGAGACGUCCUUGGAGUUGGGCUGUGGAGUGGGACCGCUGCAUGUGACCCUGGGGCCUGAGCAGGCAGUGGUGCUGAAUUGUAACCCUGUACCUGCCCCUUCUGGGCCCCCAGCCCGAGUGACCUGGAACAAGGAUGGGAGCCCAAUCCAGGAGAAAAAACAUCUGCACCUCCUGCCCAAUGGUUCCCUGUGGGUGUCCCAGGCAGCCCCUCAAGAGAGCAGGGAUGGAGGGGCCCCUGAAGCCCUGGAGGACAAUGAGGGCAACUACUCCUGUUUGGCCCACAGUCCCCUUGGAGUGGUGGCCAGCCAGGCGGCUGUGAUUAGGUUCUCCACACUGUCACAGUUUUCUCUCCAUCCGGAACCUCAGACUGUGGAAGAGAAUGGGACAGCUCGCUUUGAGUGCCGAAUCGAAGGGCUGCCAGCCCCCGUCAUAACCUGGGAGAAGGACCAGAUGGCAGUGCCUUCUGAGCCUAGACUCAUCACUCUUCCCAAUGGUGUCCUGCAGAUUGUAGAUGUGCAAGAGAGUGAUGCAGGGACCUACCACUGCGUGGCCACCAAUACUGCCCACCAGCGUUACAGCCAUGAUGCUGUCCUUGUUGUCCACAAAGGAUCCCUGUUUCCCCCUAGUGUUGGGGACGUGACCAUUGUGGCUGCACCAGAGAAUACCACAGUAGUCGCUGGUCAGAGUGUGGUGAUGGAGUGCAUGGCUUCAGCUGACCCCACUCCCUUUGUGUCCUGGAUCCGACAGGAUGGAAAGCCAAUCUCCACAGACGUCAUUGUCCUUGGACGCACAAACCUAUUGAUCACACACACGCAGCCCCAUCACUCUGGUGUCUAUGUCUGCCGAGCCAACAAGCCCCGGACACGACAUUUUGUCACAGCUGCUGCUGAACUCAGGGUGUUGGCAUCCCCCGUCAUCUCCCAGGCUCCAGAGACCAUCUCCCGUACGAGGGCGAGUACAGCACGUUUUGUGUGCCGGGCAGAGGGUGAACCAGUGCCGACACUUCAUUGGCUACGGAAUGGGGAACCUCUGCUGUCCAAUGGGAGGGUCAAGAUCCAGGCUGGUGGAGGCAGCUUGGUCAUCACACAGAUUGGCCUGGAGGAUGCUGGCUACUACCAGUGUGUGGCCAAGAACAGACUGGGUACAGCAUGUGCCACAGCUCGCCUGGCUGUCAUUGUCCGAGAGGGGCUUCCCAGUGCCCCUACCAGAGUGGCUGCCACACCACUGACCAGCACCUCAGUCCUAGUGUCCUGGGAGCGUCCAGAGCUGCACAGUGAGCAGAUAAUCGGCUUUUCUCUUCACUAUCAGAAGGCACUGGGCACUGACAAUGUGGAGUACCAAUUUGCCGUCAACAAUGACACCACAGAGAUGCAGGUCCGAGACCUGGACCCCAACACCGACUAUGAGUUCUACGUGGUCGCCUAUUCCCAGUUGGGAGCCAGCCGCACCUCAGCCCCUGCCCUUGUCCACACCCUGGAUGAUGUCCCCAGCGCUGCACCUCAGCUUUCUUUGUCCAGCACUACUCCUGGGGAUAUUCGAGUGACCUGGCUGCCUUUGGCGCCCUCCCUGAGCAAUGGGAAAGUUGUGAAAUACAAGAUUGACUACUGCACAUUAAGAGAAGAUCAAGUUUUUUCCACUGAGGUCUCUGGGAAUGAGACACAGCUCAUGUUAUACUCACUACAGCCCAACAAAGUGUACAGGGUGCGCAUCACUGCAGGCACCAGCGCAGGCUACGGGGCCCCCUCCCAAUGGACACAGCACCGAACGCCCAAUACAGAAAACCAGACUCACAUCCCCUUUGCUCCCUCAGAUUUGAAGGUCAAGGCAAGAAUGGAAUCCUUGGUGGUGACGUGGCAACCACCCCCUCACCCUAUCCAGAUCUCAGGCUACAAGCUGUACUGGAGGGAGGUGGGAGCUGAGGAGACUAGCGAAGAGAGAUCUUCUGGCGGUGGGAGUCGGGGGGACCAGGUCUGGGAUGUGGGACCUGUCAGACUCAAGAAGAAAGUGAAGCAGUAUGAGUUAACGCAGCUAGCACCUGGACGACUCUAUGAAGUGAAGCUUGUUGCAUUCAACAAGCAUGAAGAUGGUUAUGCAGCCGUAUGGAAGGGCAAGACAGAGAGAGCCCCUGCAGCAGAUCCACCAGUACAGAAGAGCCCACCUCUGCCCCCAGCCCAUGUACAUGCAGAGUCAAACAGCUCCACAUCCAUCUGGCUGCGGUGGAAGAAACCAGACUUCACCACAGUCAAGAUUGUCAACUACACAGUUCGCUUCAGUCCUUGGGGGCUCAGGAAUGCCUCCCUGGUCACUUACUACACCAGCUCUGGCGAGGACAUCCUCAUUGGCGGGCUAAAGCCAUUCACCAAAUACGAGUUUGCAGUGCAAUCUCACGGGGUAGGCGUGGAUGGCCCAUUUGGUUCCGUGGUGGAACGUUCUACUCUGCCUGACAGGCCCUCAACCCCUCCUUCUGACCUUCGCCUUAGCCCUCUCACCCCAUCUACAGUUCGACUCCGCUGGUGUCCGCCAGUGGAACCCAAUGGAGUGAUCGUGGAGUAUCUGAUCCUGUACAGCUCCAACCACUCAAAGCCUGACCACCUGUGGACCCUGCUCACCACAGAUGGAAACAUCUUUAGUGUUGAGGUUCAUGGGCUGGAAAGUGACACCAGGUAUUUCUUCAAGAUGGGGGCACGGACAGAGGUGGGACCGGGGCCCUUCUCUGGUCUGCAGGACGUGCUCACGCUGCAAGAGAAGCUUUCAGAUGUCCUGGACGUGCACUCGGUCACAGGCAUCAUUGUGGGUGUCUGUCUGGGCCUGCUCUGCCUCCUGGCCUGCAUGUGUGCUGGCCUCCGAAACAACUCCCACAGGGAAGCACUCCCUGGCCUGGCCUCUCCCACUGCUGAGAACCCGAGGCUUUACUCCCGAGCCCAGCUGGGUCCACCUGGCCCCCCUGCUGCCCAUGAGCUGGAGUCCCUUGUAUGUCCUCAUCCUCGACUCCAGGAUGGAUCGCUCUCUCCUUUCCCCGACCUCGACGAGGGAGCUGAAGUGCACAGCCUCAUGGGGGGUGGCAUUGAAGGUCGAGGCCACACCAAGAGAAAGGUCACAUGGGCUCAGUCAGGAGGACUGAGCUGGUCAGGAACCUGGGCUGGAUGUGGGACCCCUCAGACAGGUACUAACCCUGCUCUGACCCAGGCCCUGCUGCCCCCAGCCGGAGCAGGGCAGACUCUGCUCCUGCAGGCCCUGAUGUAUGACGCCAUGAUGAGUGAUGGAAGAAAGAAACCACUUUCAGCCUACAGGAACCAAGUGGAGGCUGAUGUUAUUGUCCACUCUGACUUCUCAGCAUCUGAAGGGCACCAUGGUCCUGAGCUCUAUGGCCCAGAGCCUAGGGACCCCACACCCCCUAGGUCUCCAGCCUCCCCCUCCAAUAGCAGUGAGCUGGGGCUGGAAGCAGACUGGCCAAGUGGAGACCUGGGAGGAGAUGAGCUGGAAGCCACUGGACAAGGGCUGGACAGACAGACUCACCAGCCAGAGGCAGCUAGUGUCCAGGGCCUCUGCAAUGGCUUUCCUCAGCGGGGAGAUGCUCUGGAGAAGGUGGCCCCUGAGCACACUGACACCUACAGGGGUGGGCAGCUGAUAAAGGGAUCCCCCACCCUUUCUGGACAAGCGGAUGGUCUUCAGGGUGGUUCUUCUGGUCUCCUCUCAUCCACUACAACCCAAAGUCUAUGGCCCUGACUGGCAAAGCUUGGCACCCAUAUGGUCUGAAUCAUGCGAAACAGCAUUUGCAUUUGUGCACAUGUGUGUGUGUGCCUCCUCACUAAGCCAUGUGGAGACCUCCCUGGGACCCUUGGGAGGAGCCAGUAGGUGCCCUGGAGUAGUUAGAUCCCACAUCCUAGGAGUCUACUCUUCCCAAAGUGCCUCACUUCUCUUAGGCAGUCACUCCUUCCUGCCCCUUCAGAUCUAGGCUCCUGCCCACAUCAUCAUCCGUGUGCUUCUUUGACCCACGCCCACAGGGAUUCACGCAGUUGGUUAGUGGGUCGGGAGGAAGAGUGGUGUGUUUGCUGGGGAAUCACAGCCAUCUUCUGCCACAUGCUUUGCUCAGUGCUUGUGAGAAGGAGAAGUAAAUGGGUUAGUAGAUAAUAUUCUUUCUAGGACAGUCUCCGGGAACAAUUCCUGUGACUGUGGCCUGCCAACCUUUCCAUGACUCCACAUCCUUUAUUACACACUCUGAGAGUGUCUCUAACACCCUGUCUUAGCGAGACAGUGCCACCCCUAGACUGCCUCCCUCUCUGGCUGGGAGGAGGUAACUCCAAGUAGGUCCAGGUGCCUAACAUUCUAGGUGCAUCUCCUUCCCCUCACCCACCUUUCCUGCUGUGUGCACAAGGGACUCUGAGGCCCCUCUGAACAAACUUUGUUUUAUUUUGAGCAAAGCCUGGUUUACAGCCACUUGCUACUCUUCCCUCCCUGUGUCCUGUCUCUCUGCCCACCUUGUAGUCUUUCCAGCCAUCCCCAUUCUCCAUUGCUCUGUCUCCUUUCCCCCAUACCCAUUCUUCAUCUUCCUCAGACUUUCCCUCUUGUCUCGCCUUUCUUCCCCCUUCUUCCUUCUCUGCCCCUGGUGCCAUUUCCCUCCUUAUUCUUUCCUCUCUUGCCUUUUCCCUGUAAAUGCCUUCUAUCUCUCCUUGGUUGUUACUCUCUCUUCCCUGGCUUGUCUUCUCUCCCCACUUCCCUCUCCUGCUUCUCUUUCAUACCCACUUUUUCUUUCCUCUCUCCUCCCCCCAUCCUGUGUAUCUCCCUCAUUUAGUGUUUCUCUUUUCCUUUUUGCCCUCCUGUGUAUCUCCCUCAUUUAGUGUUUCUCUUUUCCUUUUUGCCCUCUUUCUCCCCCUCUUUGCCUCUCACUUUCUUCCCCAUCUCUCAGCCCUCUCACAGUCUCUUCUAAACUACUAUUUUUAUCUCUUCUCCAUCCUUGUCACCAUCUUCCCUUUUCACUUCUCUUGUGGUUGUUUUACAUUUCCCUCCUCACAACAGGACUACCUCACAUCUGUUUCAGAGGCUGAAGGGAUUCCCCUGCCCCAUUCAUGUUACUGGUUCUCAGAACCACCUUUCUGAUGCAGCUGUGCCCACGGCAGUGACUUUUAAGGUUGCUUUGGGAGGAUUCUCGGAGCACUUCCAGCUUUUGCUGCUACUAAGCCGCCAUCUUGGCUCCAUCCCCAUGCAAUGACUUUGUACAACCCAUAGCUCACCUGCCUGUCAGGUGCCUUUAUGAGAGGCUCACCCUCCCUCCCUCUUCCACCCUGGCCUUGGACACAGCUGGAUUAGUUCAGUUUAUCCAACAGAUUUUGGGUUUUGUUUUCAUUUCAUUUUAAAUUUGGGGCAGUCAUGUCAUAAUCUAAAUCGGAUAUUCACCUGGAUAAUCCAUUUUCUCUCUGAUUUAACCUGCCAGUGGAGUGGUUAAAAAGGGGGCAUACCCCAGCUCCCACAUGACCCAAGAAAGUCCAAAGGGCAGCUACCACAGGUUUGGGGCUAACCCUGGCCAAUUCUCCUACCUAAAAGGACUCCCCUGCUUUUGAAACUUGACUUAACCCUAAUCCCCAGCACCAGACAGAUCAGUGGAAGUAGCAGCCCUCCUAUGGAGCAUUGAACUUUCCCAGCCCUCUUUUUAGGGUUCUGCCUUCAAGUUAGGAGCCCUGAAGGGGGGAGGGAGGGAGAUCUCCAUCUACCCCACCCCCAUGCCUAAGAUUUAUGAAAGGACUCCUGAGAAGGAUGGGAGGUGGAGGCGGGGUGAGAGGAUGCCAUGUUUUGUUCCUUUCAUUUAAACUCAUUUCUGAAAUCAUUGUAGGAUCUUCUCCAAGGCCCUUUCCGUCUCUAAAACCUGCCAUCCAAGCACAGCGCUUGGCAUAUAUUACUUUUUUAAUAAAUACUCAUUGAUGGAUGGCUCGCAUUCCCUAGGCAGGAGGAGAGACACUUGCUUUUCUGUUCAGCCCGUUCCCUAGGGCACUGUGUUUGGGAUUCAGUUGGGAAGAGGCUUCUCCUUGUUGACUACUUUAAGCAGGAUAGAGAGUCAUGGGUACUCUGGCUUCUGCAUCAAAUUAGAAGCCGUCUCCUUUUCUUCCCCCCCCCCCUUUAAAUCAUGAAAUAUGUCCCAGAAUUCCUAUAGCUUCAUCCGACUAUUGAUGUGGAAACAGAAGGCAUCUGUGUGUUUAUUCCAUGUUUGUUUCAGCCAUGCUCGGUACCCUUGACCUGUAGACCUGCCCCCCCCCCCCCAGUCACCACUAGCAUAACACUAAAGAUCACUGAGGUUGGCACUGGAGGCUGAUGAACCCAGACCAUUCAUUGCUCCUGCCAUUUCUUUAGCCUUUGGGGUUACAGCGUGACUCCACAGCUGUGCACACUGGCUCGUUGCUCAGAAGGUCAGAAUUCUUGCUUUAUUUUCUUUCAUGUUUCUAUCCUGAUGUUUAUGGCAGCAGCUCAGCCCUGACUGUAUGCUCCUAGCGUGGCACUGUGUGUCCUCAUUUUUCAUGUCCUUGUUUAACAAGCAGUGAAAUCCUGGUUUAAAUUAAGUAGCUGCAAAUGAGACAAUUUAUAACCCAUUAGGUUGGGAUGGAAAAUUGUUUCUCAAAAGCAAAUAAGUAAUAAAUCUGGUCUCUGCCUAUAACUCAUACUUGAUAAGAAAGUGGGCCCGAUCCUCUCCAGCGUUCCAGAUGCUAUUGGAGUGGGCAGGUAGUCCUGGAGGUGCUGGGUGCGUCUCUUCCAAGUGUACCUCCUGGGGAAGAGAUCGUUGGUACGUGACAGGGUAGAGUCUCCACUCUUUUAUCACUUUUCACUGAUGCUGCUUUUUUCCAAAUGAUUUUGCUUUAAGAUUUCCUUCCUAUGAUGCAUGACAAGUGUAAUCAGCACCUGCCCUACUAUUUAUCUGUAUUAGCUCAUGCUGUAUUAUUUAAUUAUCCCUUUAUUUCCUUAGCAGCUUCUUGCCUCUCCUCACAGAUAUUCUUUAGCAUUAAGAUGCCAAGAUGGCAAUGACCAUGUAUCCCUUCAUUAAUGAAUUAAUAAACUAUUUUCAAAAAAAAAAAAAA